AUGAACCAACGCUUUUUUUUUCUCUCUGUAACCGUUGUUCUUUGUAUGUCUAACCCAGCGCAUCGGCAUCGGUAUAAAAAUGUUGGCCUGGACUCCAAAGAAAUGCGGCGCCGGCGCGAGGAGGAAGGAAUUCAGCUGCGAAAGCAAAAACGCGAACAACAGCUGAUCAAGAGACGUAACGUCAACGUGGCCGAAGAGCUCGAUCAGGAUGCGAUACUAACGGACGAAACGCAGACAACGGAGAGUAGGUCACUCAUCCAACCAGCCGUCCUCGAGGCUUUGUACAGUGAAGUUGUCGCGGAGCAGCUGGUAGCCACACAGAAGUUCCGUCGGUUGCUCUCCAAAGAGCCCAAUCCGCCGAUCGAUAUGGUGAUCGAGCAGAAUAUCGUUCCGCGGUUGGUGCAAUUCUUGGAAAAUUCUCUCAACUCCACGCUACAGUUCGAGGCAGCAUGGGCGCUUACAAACAUUGCUUCCGGUACGUCAGAGCAAACGAGCGUGGUGAUAGCGGCCGGUGCGGUGCCAAUAUUCGUGAAUCUUAUGAAAAGCCCCCACGAGGACGUGCAGGAACAGGCGAUAUGGGCACUGGGGAACAUUGCCGGCGAUUCACCAGACUGUCGGGAUUGCGUGCUGGACCACGACGUGCUGGAACCGUUACUAUACGUGCUGAGUACCUCACACCGGUUAACGCUGUCCCGUAAUGCGGUGUGGGCCUUGUCGAACCUGUGCCGAGGCAAGAAUCCCCCGCCUGAUUUCUCGAAAGUAGAGAAAUGCCUUCCCAUCCUCUCCCAGCUUAUGUUCCACAGCGAUGUGGAGGUGUUGGGUGAUGCCGUCUGGGCGGUCAGCUAUCUGUCCGACGGUUCAAACGACAACAUUCAGGCCGUCAUCGAUGCCGGUUGCUGUCGACGCUUGAUCGAACUGCUAUCACACAACAACAGCAACGUGGUGUCGGCGGCGUUGCGUGCCGUGGGCAACAUCGUCACCGGAAACGACAUCCAGACCCAGUUGAUCCUGAACUGCAAUGCCUUACCCUCGAUUCUGCAGCUGCUCAGCUCACCCAAAGAGGCGGUGCGCAAGGAGGCCUGUUGGACCAUCUCGAACGUCGCAGCCGGCAAUCGCCACCAGAUCCAGGCGGCCAUCGACGCCAACAUCUUCCCGAGCAUCAUCGAGCUGCUGCAGAAGGCCGAUUUCAAGACCCGGAAAGAAGCCGCCUGGGCCAUCACGAAUGCAACGAGUGGGGGCACGGUCGCGCAGAUUAAGUACCUGGUGGAAGCCGGUUGUAUACCACCGAUGUGCGAGCUGCUGACCGUAAUGGACCCGAAGAUAGUUACCGUGGCAAUGAACGGGCUCGAGAACAUACUGAAGAUGGGCGAGGAGCAGCGAACCAAACCUAACCCGUACUCUGUCAUGAUCGAGGAAUGCUACGGUCUUGACAAGCUGGAGUUCCUUCAAUCGCACCAGAACAAUGAUAUUUACGAGAAGGCAUUUAGCAUCAUCCAAAAGUACUUUAGCAACGAUGACGAGGAUCUGGCCGUGGCACCGAGCACGGACAGCAAUCAGUUCCAAUUCAACGCUGACCAGUCGGUGCCGAUGGAUGGUUUUCAGUUUUAAUGUCUCUCGUUUCCUCGCUUUCCCUCCCUUCGUUUCCUCAACUCCUUGUGGCUCGCUUCUCCACCCAGCUCUCACUCUCACUGUGUUUCGGAAUCGGUUCGUAUCGUGAAGAGCAAAUCACGAAAGUAGGGCGCGUCCUGGUGCAUCUAGUCGAUGAUGCGGCCAGCGUUGUUUCGAGAGGGUGUCGGAAAAGAGGAAAAAAGUUUGCGUGUGUGUGGGGGUGGAGAAGCUCGUAAUACAACCGUUUAUAAAUAUAUUCCUGUAAAGUAAAGUUUAUGUUGCACACACAGACACACCAACAUACACAUACACGUGACACACCUAAGCUAGAGAGAGAGAGAGAGAGAGAGAACGAGAGUAAGAGAAUCAAAACGCGCUAUAAUGAUUGUGAACCCAGCGAGGGAAGCGUGUGCGCGUUGAUACGAAAAAUGCUUAUCUAAUUUAUUGUCUCCCCGAAAGCGCCUUCCCUGCUCUUCCUUUUGUAGAACCUGCGCUUGCUGGCAGACUUUUUCGUAAUGGGCGACGAGCAAAAGCAUAAAUCCGGGAUGCAUAAUUACGCCACCACACACGUACACCCGAACACGUGUACACUAGCGCUAACAACGGUUAGGGCGUUAAGGAGCGGAUAAGGACGACUAUGGGAAUCUGUAUUUCCCAUAUAGAUAUAAACGUGAUUAUACAUAUUUUAACACACCCCUGCUCUCCCGAUUUUCCAAAUCCCCCAGCCCAACCUUUCUAACAACGCCCAGCUCUGCUUGGGCUGCUGUUGCUACGGAACUGCACUAACACGCCGGCACAUGGGAGUCCUUUCCUUGGCCACUAUUUCUCGAAACUGGCAUCAACUCGCUUGUCGAUCGGCGACCGGUAUCGGGGAGGGUUAUCCCCCAGUGAUGUUUAGGGGGCACAGCCACGGGGAACGAGUCAGAAACGUUGCCCGGUGGGCCAUCCGACUUUCGGCGCAUGGCGGAGAAUCUUACAAGAAAAUAACAAAAAAAAAAGCAACCAAACCUAAAUUAACAAUAAAAU